AUGUCUAACUAUACCCAACUCCAGCCUACUGAGCAUGGUCCUAUUGCUACCGUCUUGUGUUGCCACUGUGGUGUCCCAAUGGACGGUUCCACCGGACUCGUGAUGUGCUACGACUGCAUCAGAUUGACCGUCGAUAUCACCCUGGGGAUCCCAAGAGAGGCCAACGUAUCCUUCUGCAGAAACUGUGAACGUUACUUGCAGCCUCCGGGCCAGUGGAUCAAGGCCGAGUUGGAAUCCAGAGAGUUAUUGGCCUUGUGUUUGAAAAGGUUGAGAGGGUUGAGCAAGGUCAGAUUGAUUGACGCUGCUUUUAUUUGGACCGAACCUCACUCCAGACGUCUCAGAGUCAAGUUAACCGUGCAGGGUGAAGCCAUGACCAACACCAUCGUCCAGCAAAACUUUGAAGUUGAAUACAUUGUCAUUGCUAUGCAGUGUCCGGACUGUGCCAAGUCGUACACCACCAACACCUGGAGAGCGACAGUCCAAAUCAGGCAGAAGGUGCACCAUAAAAGAACGUUUUUGUAUCUCGAACAGUUGAUUUUGAAGCACAACGCGCACACGGACACUAUUUCGAUCAAGGAAAACAAGGACGGGUUGGAUUUCUUCUACGCGCAGAAAAACCAUGCCGCUAAGAUGUUGGAUUUUUUGAAUGCCGUGGUACCAAUUAAGAACAAGAAGUCCGAGGAAUUGGUUUCUACCGACACCCAGUCCGGUAACUCACAGUACAAAUUCACAUACUCGGUGGAAAUCGUGCCGAUCUGUCGUGACGACUUGGUCGUCUUGCCAAAGAAGCUUGCGCAGUCGCUCGGAAAUAUCUCGCAGAUCGUCUUGUGCUCCAAGAUCUCCAACACAAUUCAGUUCGUUGACCCUAACACCCUCGAUAAGGCGGACCUCGCCCCGGGUAUUUACUGGAGAAACCCGUUCCCAUGUUUGGUUGACUCCACCCAGCUUGUGGAGUUUAUUAUCUUGGACGUUGAGCCAACCGGAAAGACCCGUGGAAAGUGGGUCUUGUGUGAUGUAACGUGUGCUAGAGCCUCCGACAUGGGAGUCAAUGACCAUACUUUCUACGUCAGUUCGCACUUGGGUAGUCUCUUGCAUCCGGGUGACUCUGCCAUGGGUUACUUCACCAGCAACUCUAACUUUAACUCUGACCUCUGGGACAGCGUGGAGUCCGGCAAGUUGCCAGAUGUGGUCUUGGUCAAGAAAUACUACCCAAGAAGAACCAAGAAGUCCAAAAACAGAGAGUGGAAGUUGAAGAGAAUGGCGAAGGAGCACGCCGAUAUUGUCGCCAACGACGAAACUAGAUCUGCGAAGCAGGACGCCGAGAGAUCUGAGAGAGACUAUGAGCUCUUCUUGCAGGAGUUGGAAGAGGACGCGGAGUUGAGACAGACAAUCAACAUGUACAAGUCGCAAAAGAACCCAUACGGGAAUGUGGAGGAGAUGGAGGAGGACGACGAGAUGGAAGAAGACGACGAUGCUCCGCUUAUUGAUAUCGAUGAAUUAUUGGACGAGUUGGAUGAUAUGACCCUUGAAGGUUAA